AUUGUGCAACAUUUUCAGUUACACCUCCAAAAAACGUACGUAACGCUCUUCAUCGGUUCUAUGAUCUAAUAAAAUUGAUCCUACUUUCAUCAAAUACCGGUAGCAAUUCCACCAAAAAUCAAUCAAAAUGAUGCGCUACGAGGGUUCCGAGGAGUUGGCCGACAAAACCGCUUGCGCCAGAGUGCGAGCCGAUUUGAAAAUGUGUCUCCUGCAGAGUGACUGUUGCCGGAAGGAAAAGAAGCUCCCCCGGGAAUGUUUGAGCAGGACCGAUGGAUCCGUACCGGAUGAGUGCCAGGCCCUGCGGGUGACGUUCUUCGAAUGCAAACGGUCAAUGUUGGACAAUCGACAGCGUUUCAGAGGAAGGAAGGGAUACUAAAUUUGGACACAAGUGAAACAUUGCUGUUCAGGGAGGAUGAUUCGUUAUUUGAUAAGAUAAAUUUAGAAAACUGGUUUUUAAUUAUUACAUUUGUUAGACCAAAAAUAAAAGAAUAAACGUGUGAUUCAUCUUGUAUUCAAA